CCCGCCCCAGGCCGGAGCUCGACCGCAUCGCUCCGCCUCCGGUGCAGCCGCCUCAGGGCUCCGCCGGUUGCCGCUCCACCGUGGCUGCCAUGCCGGGCGGCGCCGGUGCCAGUGCGCGGGGCCUGUACCGGCGGAUCCUUCUGCUGCACCGGGCGCUGCCGGCCGCGCUGCGGGCGCUGGGGGACCGCUACGUGAAGGAGGAGUUCAGGAAGCACAAGGCGGCCGGGCCCGCCGAGGCCCAGCGCUUCCUGCGGGAGUGGGAGAACUAUGCAGCACUGAUCCAGCAGCAAAUCCAUGAGGACAAAGAACACCUGAGAGAAAAGACUCUGUAUGGAAUGCAGCUCACAGAAGAUAAACUGAAUGACUUCCGUGAUGAACAGAUUGGGCAGCUGAAGGAACUGAUGGAUGAAGCUACCAAACCUAAGAGGAAAAGCACCAUUUCCAAAGACAUGGAACACAAAACCUAAAAGCUCUUAGAAAUGGUUUGACUGCCUACAGAAGCAUUCUGAAGUUUCCUUUUCCAGCUGGACUUGUGUGGAAUAAUAGGCACAGCUGAUGCCAGAGCUUGCCUAAAACACAUCUCUCUGGCCAUUGGGCUUUCUGUGCCAGAAUAAAUGUUGAAGUGGAAUAGUCACAACA